CAUUAGAGUUCGUGAAGUGGGAAAGAGAAAACGAAUUCAUCUCAAUCAAAUGUGCAAGGAAGGAAAGCCGUUGUCGCACGUGUUGUAACCGCGCGGUAUACGUAGUUAUGAUAAUACAUUUUAUUACAUUAAUCUAAGAAUAACACUGAUGCAUGUUGCUUAAAGUCUAUGCAACUGCGAUAUUGAAACACAGUGGUGCUAUCAGAAAGUAUAGCCAGUGUAAUAGUAACGCUAAAAUGUCUUUAGAAGAAGCAAAACAAUUCGCCGCACGCCGGGCAGUUGAUGAGUAUAUAAAGAAAGAUUGUAUUUUUGGUGUCGGUAGUGGAUCUACAGUUGUUUAUGCGGUUCAACGGCUCGCUGAACGUGUGGAGACUGAAAAUUUGAAGGUGACCUGCAUUCCCACAUCAUUUCAAUCUAAACAGCUGAUCAUCAAACAUAAGCUUACUUUGGGCGAGUUGGAAACGCAUCCGGUAAUUGAUGUCACUAUCGAUGGGGCGGACGAAGUAGACGCCGAGAUGACGCUGAUCAAGGGUGGUGGUGGUUGCUUAUUACAAGAGAAGAUAGUAGCCUCUUGCUCUAAGAAAUUUGUCGUUAUAGCCGACUACACUAAAGAUUCCGUGAAAUUAGGAGAUCGAUACAAAAAAGGUAUUCCAAUAGAAGUUGUACCAAUGGCAUAUGUUCCUGUUCAAAAUAAAAUACAGGCUCUAUAUGGUGGAGAAGUAAAGUUACGCAAAGCUGUUGCUAAGGCUGGACCUGUGGUGACUGAUAAUGGUAACUUCAUCCUUGACUGGAUAUUCACCGACCAGGACUUGAAAUGGGACAAAGUCGAUAACCAUUUAAAAAUGAUCCCUGGUGUGGUUGAAACAGGUUUGUUUGUACGUAUGUGUGAGAAAGCUUACUUUGGGCAGCCUGAAGGUAACGUAAUAGAGCGGUUUGGAAUUGGCACUGUGCUGUAGUUCAGCGCCACCUAGCAUCCACAUCCUUGUUGGCUAUAACAUUCUAUUAUUUAAUAGUCUGGCAUUGUGGCUUGUACAGUAUCUUUAUUUAGCCAAAAAACUAUAUAAGCUGUUCAUUUAGCUAAAUUUUCUAAAGUUGUAUAUAAAAUCUUUGACAUUGUAAUUCUAUGAACACCAAACAAAACACAGAGCCGAAAAUGUCACCCAAAUUUAUAUAGCUACAAAUUCAUUAACUGUUUUUUAACAGUAGACUAAAGGAACAGUAUAGUAUAGUAGGUAGAUGACUAGAACUGGCUCUCGUGAUUUUUUGCCACCUAUAAUUUUAUUGGUGGCAAAAAAUCAAACUGAUUUAAUAUACAGUGUUCAUUUGAACAUUGGUUUUGGGUACCAUGGCGAUCCAUCAGCACUGAAGCGAAAUAUUUUUUUUGUAAUUAUAUUCUAUAAGCAUUAUAUCAAAUACAUGAUAAGGUCAGCUUUUCUUCUAUGUAAUAGUUUUAAGAACAACCUUAUCAAUAUUUUUUUUAAACUAAACCUUAUAUUCCUAAAAAGUUAUGUGGGAUUGAAAUGUUUGCAUUGUAUACAAAGAAAUUAAUAUCUGUUCUAGCAUGAUGACUAGAGAAUAGAGAAAAGCUUUCAUAUUCUUAUUUUUGUUGUAAAAAAGACUAUCAGUAGUACUAAGUAAUUCCAUAUCAAAAUUUAUAAAUGAACCUAUUGGACUGUGAUAUAACAUAAGAUGAUGUACCUAAAUGAUGAAAUAGAGGUUUAUCAGGGCCAAAGACUUGUUUAUCAGUAAAAAAAUGAACUUGUUAUUUCACAAUCAAACGCCUCAUGGUUGGUUAGUAAUAAUUUGAUAAGAAUUUUGUUCCACUGAUUUAAGCUAGCAUCCAACGAAAAACAAAACAUAUUUGUUGGAAAUCUCAGAAUAGUACUAAACUUUUACAAUAGAAUGCAUUUUUCUCCAAAAUGAAUGUUUUAGUACUUAACUCGUUGAGUACCGUCAUUAUAGACACGAUUAAAGAACAAUAUGUUGCGAUCACCGGUGACCGCUUGGUG